UAGAAGCAGCAUUAUAUAGAAUUAUUGAUUUCAUUAUAUAUCUUGAAUCUAAUCUCCAGCAUCCAACUUGGCUCAUGGAUGGAGAAGCACUGACCAUCUUCUGGCUUUGCUAUCCAUGUGAACAUCUCUGGGUUUUGCUUACCCAUAAUCUUCGCGGUCAAGGAUGUCGAUUAGGGGGCUCACAUGUAGAAGUCAGACUGCACCAUCACUUGGCACCCGAAGGCACACUGGGGGUCACAAGAACAUGGGCCCGAAGCCAGUCCAGUCUAGCAGCCCAACUACCCACAGCAAUCUUGGGAAGGGAGGGGGGGAAAAGAAAAGUUGGAAAUAAAUGUCUCAAACGGCGAGUUUUUUUUUGGCCGGAAAUGCAUCCAAACCUCAAGUUCUAGUAAGUUGAGGACGUCAUGACAUGUACGCAUAUAUGUUUACAUCUUCUGCGGACAGUUCUCUGCACCACCUUCGCUGGCGAGUCCGGGUAUUGAUCCGGUUUCCAUUUGCCUUCUGUAGUCUUCUUCUGCUUCUUUAUUAUUUUUAAUUCCUUCAAGUGUGCAACGUGGCAACCACGGCCACUCUCUUCUUACAGGUCCAGAGUCUGGAAACUCCGUUUCAGAGGAGGGUGAGUUCGCCACCACCUUUGGCCGGUGUCGGAAAGGAGCGGGUAGGAAGUAUGAAAGUACGCGUCCGUUAGACUUUGAUAGUUCGAAGCCGACAAAAAGCAAUAUGCAUACACCAGAGAAUAGUAAGAAGGGAAAGUGAAAAAGAAGCAGCGCUGUUUUGUAUGAUGAUGGUGCUGGUCACCAGAUGCAGUGUCUUGCUCGCUUGUUGCGGGUUGAAACAGUUUCUUCUCGUCUGCAAGCCGGCCAGAGGGGCGCUAGGCCUAAUCAAGCCAGGCGGGGACUGUGGGUCCGGGUUGGUCUUAUCGCUGAGUCAGCCGGCCGAUAAGGAGGCCGAAAGAGGGGAAAAGCCACAGGUACCUGCUGGUGACCUCAUCGCGCGCGGUGUGUUUGAUACUGGAAGCCCAAGCAAACGGCCCCGUGCGCUGAGACUGUCCACUGUUAAAACGGGAGAAACAGCCUGGCUAGACUCAGUCAACACGGCCCGAGCCCAGGAAAUAGCUGCAGGAAGAGGUUAUUCCUGGAAGUAAGACAAUCCGGGCCAAAACUAUCCGCAGGACAAACAUCCCGGGCUGAAGCACAGCACGGUGGAUAACGCGGCUCAGAGGUACCAGGGAAGUACUCGUCCCGGACCGGACAUUGCUGGUUCGUCACCUUUUUCCGGCGCACAACUCCAGCUGCUCCUCCCACCGCUCGCCAGGACGUCUCUUGACUCCCUCUCUCUCUCCCACCGCUCCAGCAACCCAGGGCGAUGAGGAACUUGACGCCCACAUGACUGGCAUCGACGCAAGACGACAGUCAGUUUAACAAUUCCUCGUCCUCGAUCACUCGACCCUUUUGGUGCUGCUUCUCUCUCCCCAGGUGGCCACCUGAUGUGAGGAUGAGCGAGACGACGAUCGUACAAUCCACCACUCUUCUUCAAUGACAUCCUAUUGACCCUUUCCACUUCGAUUCUAAAGAUCUGUGAUCGCUUUUUUUUUUUUUCUUUUUUUUUUUUUUUCUUCCCCUUCCCUUUUGCGCCUUUCACCCGACUGACCUUCUCGUCUUGUGGAUGUGUACAUACAUACUGGCCUGAAUCCGGUCUCGGUUUUCGCUCUGCACAUUCGCUUCGCUUUGUCUGGGAUAUGGACAGCUGAUUGAUUCAUCGACUUCUCCCAUCUUGGCCGUUUCCUCUUAACACGUUCCCAGUUAUCAUCCACUGUCGUUUCCCUAGCCUCGUAAACUUCCGCAACGCAAACCCGUCGCUGGUCGAUGACAGCACCCCCAGCGCGAUAGUUAACUAGCCUUCAGCAGGGUAUCGAAGCCGUACUCAUUACCCUUGCCGAGAAGAAUCCACAAUGGCUUCAAUCCCACACGAUGAAAUCCUAACUACCUCAGCGGCGCUUCCGGCUGCAGAGUCCGGGGCUGCCAGGCCGGAUAGCCCUCCCAAACUGAAAGGUCGCCGAAGAUUGUUGAAUCGCCUUCAGCGUAUGACAUCAAGCCCUUCUCUCGAACAAACUGGCAGAAGCCGUUCUUCUUCCACCGGUGUCCGCCGACUUGGCAAAGGAUCGAUGUCAUGCAUCUCGCUUUCAUCGACCCUGUCACAUGGGCAGUGUUGGGAGAGCUCCAGCUCUUCCCAAUUCUACGGGAAGUUCUCCGGUAAGCCGCAUGGUGAUGAUACUGGCCCUAUUCGGGUUGUGGAGACGGAACUUAUUUCUGCAAAUGGUUCCCAGCAGACCACCAUCCCGCUACCCGCUGAGAUGCGGCCUUGCUCUAGAGGAUCGCUACUUAGGUCUGCGGUGGCUGUACUUGAGGAUGGUGAAAAUACCCCCGACACCAAGGGCGAGAAAUUACUCAAAAUGCAGAACAAGAAUUACUGGGAUUACUUACCCGUGGAAAUACAACUGCGAAUCCUUAGCUGGCUUAUGCCUAAAGAAUUGGGUAAAGUAGCCUGUGUGUCGAGAUCAUGGCGUCAGCUUUGUUUUGAUGGUCAGUUAUGGGCGAAAUUUGAUACCUCCACGUACUACAGUGAUAUUCCACGGGAUGCAUUGGUGAGACUGAUAUUUUCCGCCGGACCUUUCAUAAAACAUCUCAAUCUCCGAGGAUGCAUUCAAAUGGCGGAAGCCUGGUUUCAAUGUGGAGAGCAAAUAGCCGAUGCUUGUCGGAACUUGGUCAGCGUUAAUUUGGAAGGUACCCAUAUCGACAAGCCAACCAUCACCUACUUUCUCGUUCGAAAUCCUAAGCUGGUCCGUAUUAGCAUGACUGGACUUGCAACGGUGACAAAUUCCGAGAUGAACGUCAUCUCCAAGAGCUGUCCACUCUUGGAGUAUCUCGACAUAUCGUGGUGCCGCAAUCUCAUCAAUGCGAACGGAUUGAGGCGCGUUGUCAGGGCCUGUCAUCGACUAAAAGAGCUACGCAUUGAUGAAUUUCGAGCCGUUGAUGACGAGGAGUUUAUGUUGGAGCUAUUUCAGACAAAUACCCUAGAAACACUCGUCAUGUCUCACUGCUCCUCCCUUACCGACAGCGCUCUAAAAGCCCUUUUGCACGGUAAAAACCCAGAGAUAGACAUCCUAACAGGCAGGCCUAUUGCUCCACCUCGAAAAUUGAAACAUCUGAAUUUAUCUCACUGUCAAGGAGUGAGUGAUUUCGGAAUCGGACAUCUCGCAGGCUUUGUUCCUGAGCUAGAAAGCUUGCAGCUAUCAUUCUGUCCUGCUCUGGGGAAUGAUUCCAUCAUAAACCUCAUCGGUACAACGCCGAAUUUAACACGAUUGGACCUUGAAGAGCUGGAAGAACUCACCAAUAAUGUCCUGCUUGCGUUAUCGAAAGCCCCCUGCGCCGCCAGGCUCGAACAUCUCAACAUUAGCUAUUGUGAAAAACUUGGCGACACAGGAAUGAUGCAAAUCGUGAAAAAUUGUCCAAAUUUAAAAUCUCUGGAUCUCGAUAAUACGCGAGUUUCUGAUCUGACACUGAUAGAGCUUUGCUCUCAGAUGCGCAAACGAGGUUUUGGCAUGCAGCCACCCAGAUGCGGAUUAAGGGUGGCCGUAUUCGACUGCGGUAACGUUACUUGGGCAGGGAUCAGAGAAAUUCUCUCCAACAAUACGUUCGUGCCGCGAUAUGCGGAAGCCGCGGUCCUGGCCUCCAGAGCAGAAGAAGAAGAAGAAUCUGGAUCCGGAUCGUCGUCGCCAUCGUCGUCCACGACCUCUGUGACUAUUCUCCCUUCGCCACCUCCAGAGACAACGCAGUGCAAAGCGGAUUUAUAUCCCAAUGAAAUUAUUCAGCUAAAGUGUUUCUAUGGCUGGCAAACGACGGUAGACAUCCAUACGAAACGCGUGUUGAACGGCAACCUCGGGGCAGCAAUGAGACUUGAGCGCAGGUGGACCGAUUGCAUGAUGACCAACGAAGAAGCUGAGGCCGGCGGGAUUGGUGCCAGACGAAGGCGACGGAGAGCGAGAAAUGCUGAAAUGAUGUACAACCUGGAUGACGACGAUGACGCUGAUUACGGGUAUGGACCUGGCGGGCUAGUUUCGCUCGGCAAUCGCAGAAGACGGGCACGGAGUGGAGGCUGUGUUGUCAUGUAAAAUACGAUCGGAGUAUGGCUGGAACGAUUGAUUCGAGAGGCAGUGGAGAUGGCCCUAUAGAGCAUGUCCAUUUUGAUCGCCCGUCAGGGUCUUCACACACCAGCCUUUCUCGAAAUGCUGGAGUUGAUAUAUGCAGGGUUUCUAACUAAAACAUUUUGUCUCGACAGCUGGAGUAUACAUAGAAAGCUAGGAAAUAUGAGGGAACGGGAUCGGGUCCGCUUGGCGUCGAUUAGUUAAAGGGGGUAGUAUACUCCGUACGGAGCAGAAGAACUGGCGUUUCUUAAAAGGUUCGUUGAACAGGCAUACGCUUCUUUGAAUAUUUAUGCAUGCUUUUUCUGCUAUGAAGCUGGAUGGUUGUAUCUCAAAACAUUUUCAAUAACUACGUAUCCUUCUUUUUCUU